ACGCGUGCUCGGCACCCGUCUCGCACGCCGACUGCCGUACUAUUACCAACUAAUAUUACAUUACCUAUUUAACCACUGACUUAGUGAACAGUUGUACUAACGAUCGUUUCUGUUAACGACUCUCUUCUUCGAUCUGAACCAGUCAACGUUUACAUCGGCACCCGACACCUCGGUUCUUCAGAUUAUCGGAGAAAUAUGCCAUCUUCGUUAUCAGUCGGCGAGAGCUUAACGGCGCACUACGUCGGUUUUUGAAGCGUCCGAUACUUGGGUGACACAAUAUAAUCCGUCGCACAUGUCAAACAAUAUUAGUUGGUGUCGCGACUCACUGCUUUCGAUUCGAAGUCCGACAGCGAGCGUCUCUCCGCUUCUCAAUACGACAGUUCCAUUGUUCUUCCAUCUUUGAAUUUAAAUUUAGACAUCAAUUUUCAUCGCGUUUAGACGCGGUAAUAAUCCAGUGUGGUAGUGGACUGUUUAGUUAACAAAUAAAAUAAAAUGGCGAGUACCGGUAGUGAGAUCUGGCUCCAGUGGUUCGCAUGCUGCUACCAACCUCAAGUGCAAGCUCAGCGCACGCGGCGGAGAAUAGACCGCUCGAUGAUCGGAGCACCAACCAACUUCCAACAUACAGGACACAUAGGUUCAACUGACAUCGACAUGCCGUCGUCGUUGCUGCACUCCAUCCAGAACCAGAUGCAGAGCAAGGGCGGCUACGAGAUGGCUUACGGUGUUAAGGUGUAUUGAUGCCAGCCGGAAAAUAAGGACUCUAGUGACAAAACAGAGUGAUGCGUGUUUGUAGAUCUAAAUAAGAUUUAAGAGGGUCUUACUUUAUAAUGCCUGAGAAAUCGUAGUGAAAUUUAAAACACGAUUCUAAGAAACAUCGUGUUCGAAAAACUUACGAGACAAAUAUCUCACUGAAGAUUUCAAAUAACACCUAUACAGUGUACAAUGUUCUAACUGCACCUUUGUGAAAAUAAAAAGAUUAAGCGUAUUCAUGCAGUACCAAGAUGUGUUAUCCAUAUCGACAUCUGCAUGUGAAUGGCUACAUUAAAGUAGCUGAACAGGAAGACUGCUGUGUGGUUGGAAAUAACUACGAGAAGCACGGACACCUUGCAAUAGUCCUAGAUUUAAACAUUUUGCCGAGGCGUACCUAUAAUACCGAACACAAAAAGGCUGAAGAUGAUGGACGUAUUAUUCUUUAUACGUCUACGAAGCGGAGAAUAGAAAACAGAGUGAUGCGUGCUUGUAAUCUAAUCAGUAGAAGAUAGUUCAACGGAACAUCGCUUGAUUUGUUUCUUUUCACAUAUCUUCAGUCAUUAUUAUCAGUUUGAAUAUUGUUCCACUUCAAAAGCAAGACCCUUUAUAAUGGUAUUUAUUAAAAUAUAUUUUUAGUUAUUAAGUUACGUUGUACAUACUGGUAAAAACAACUAUACUGUAAACGUCUGUAAAGUUACCUUGUUUGAGUCGCGAUUGUUUGGCGGUGUCUUUUGUUUCGUUUACUCUUAAAUUGCCAAGAACACAGAAAAUUGUAUAGGGCCCAGAUAUAUCCAGAUAGGUCAUGUGGUCACUGCAAAAGAAUGUUCUUAAUUCUGGUACAAUCUGUCUUGAAUGACAUUGUUUCAUGAGUUUUAGUGUUAAAAAAACUGAAAAUUUAUCGACGAACGAGUUAACGACACACAGUUAUCCGGCUGUUACUGAACUGAAGAUAAUGAGGGAUUUAAAAUUAGCCAAAUUCAUUUAUCAUCUCAUCUCAUCAUAUACACAUGAAAAUAUCAUCCAAAUAUAUAAUAAUUGCGUACUUUAGUACCAUUUAGAGUAAUAUUGCAGAAAAAAAAAUAAUUAUAAGUGGUGUGACAUCUGCAAUGAUAGUCUCAAGCGCAUGAACUAAUUAAACGUCUACUAACUAAACUACUAAUUUAACGUCGAAAUUUGUAACUUGUCGGAUGUAAUAUCUACACUACGUGUCUUCGUUUUCGCAAUAAGAGUGAUGAUAAAUAAAUAGAUUUUAAAUAUAUCUGCAUCAUACGAAUAUUGGCUAAAAAAGGUAGUCAAGCUACUUUUAUGAAAUGGUAGCUCUAGUAUCUAAUAUAUAUCCUAUAAUAAUAUAAAAUAUAUCCAUCGUCAACUUCAUCGUCACUUUCCAACAGAUCAAAUGCGCACUUACAUUUGUAAAACACAAAACUAAUCGUUCGGAUUACAGCCGAAAUACCAUCAUUAUCAAAGCUCCAAGUCUCUGGUCCUUAUAACUCCAUUGAGCACUCCACUCCUCCACUCCACUAAGAUCAUAUUGCAAAUAUGAUAAUAUUUGUCAUUCUGCUAAAAUCCUGUUGCAAUGGCAGUUAAGUCUCAAUAGAGUGUCAAUGGAAUGGCAGUUCAGAGCUCAUCUUGAAUGUGCAACCAUCACUAGACCAUUAGGUAGUUAGACUACUUCUUUGCCUUAAAAGCUGGGUAGCGGUCAGAAAGAGUUGAUGCAUUGAAUAUUUUAAAAAAUAUAUUAACAGGUGUUUGAAAAGUGUUGUAGUUAUGAA